GUGUGUAUGACUUCCUUAAACAGGAAAAGUCUUCAAUGUUUAUGCUCGCGUUGACCACACCCGUACCAUGCAUCGGAGAAUGGUCACAAACGCCCUCCCUAUAUAACUAGCAGUUCUUUUCGAUGAGGAUCGCCAGCGGAACCCCGAACACGGAACUUCCUCGUCCCGAUGGGGAAGGUACGGAAGGGAGCGAGAACAACACCUUCCGUGGACGGCACUGGCUGCGGGCAGCGUGCCACUGGCAAGAAGACGACCGACGCUUCCGCACCAUACACUCUUCGUCGCAGCUCCCGAAUACAAGAAAAAGGAAGAAAGGUCUCUGGCGGUUCGCCUUCUACACCUCAACUUGCGCCCAACGAUGUAGUGACUCUACCGGCGUCUUCGCAGACAUCGGAGCCUCCUCCUCAAGCCACUACACGCUACCACGUGCGAUUUGACGAGCCUGGGGAUCUUCGACAAACUGCUCCUGACGACGCCUUAUCUGAUGUCUGCUCGAGCGCCCCAUCCCCGCUUCCUACGCUUGCGAAUUACGACCCAGAUUAUAUCCCUCCUAAGUCAUUCGACGAGGACGACGGUUCGACAACAUCUAGGGAAUCUACACCACUCGCGGGGAACAUUGCUUGUCUUGCGAGCCGGCCAGGGCACCAGGAUCUGAUCGACAAAUCCCCCUUGGGUCAGAUAUGUGUGGUCACCUUGGGCGACAAUAAUGAAGGCAUCGUGCAGGAUUGUCAUCAGGUCGAUCGCGCUCAGAUGGCAAGGCCAAAGGUUGCCAAAGGCUUUGAGACCAUCAUGGUACUGGAGCCCGGCACCUUCGACAUAGAUUGCCCAGAGAACAGGGUCUUUCUUGACGCGAACACUCACAUCACAAUGGACAAUGGCCAUAUUGUGCUCCUCCCCGUGGUUCAAGAUCUCCGCCGGUUGUUGGACGCGCUACAGAAGAAGGUGCUGAACCCUAUCGAGGGUCAGGAAGAGUCACCCCAGCGUGGCCCGAACGGUUUUACGCAUCACAAGGACGUUUUCCCGAACGAUAUCCGGCCGUUCCACAUCGCUGUCUUGUCCACCUGCCGCUCUCCGAUCCAUCGCAAGCUUUCGGUCGACUCCAUCGAGGAUAAAACCUACUAUGCCCCUUAUGACGAACCAUUCCCGAUUAUCGAUCUGCACUGCUCCCCUUACUUCGUCGUUUGGAAGGCGUACAAGACGCUGCAAAAAGAGCACGUCCACGCACCCGCCCACCUGAGCCAAGAAGAGGAGCUUGUGCGCCAAAUCGGUGAUCUGAUGUGGAAGUAUGGCCUCAGCAUUCCUCCCACCAAGGACUAGGGCGGACCCUGUGACGGGCUUUCGUAUCUGCUUGACACCUCAUCCGCGCCACGACAACUUUCCCAUCUUGGAGGGUAACUUAGGCAAUCAAUCGCUCCCAACACUGCGUGCUGUCGACGCUCGUCUCUCUCUGGACGUCUAUCUUUAUGCUUAUCGACUAUUGUAUGGCUUGGGCCCUUCGUGUUGUACCGGUACCUUCAGCUACGGCAUCUUUCCUUGUCUGUAAUGCAACAGUCAUCUGGAUUCCCGAAC